CACACACACACACACACACACACACACACACACACACACACUGCUGAAAGUGACGCUCGUGUCAUCGUGGAGAUGAACGUGGAUCUCAUCUCUGUGGACAGCCUGGUGGGCCGCGUGAUGGACCCGGACACGGACAUGGAGCACUUCGACGAGCGGGACAAGGCUGAGCGUCACGGCCGCGCCAACGGCGUGCAGAGUCCGGCGCACAGCGCGCACUGCAGCCUCUUCCGCGCCCGCACCCUGCAGGCUCUCAGCGCCGAGAAGCGCGCCAAGAAGGUCCGCUUCUACCGCAACGGCGACCGCUACUUCAACGGCGUCGUCUACGCCGUCUCCGCCGACCGCUUCCGGACCUUCGACGCCCUGCUGGCCGACCUGACGCGCUGCCUGUCCGGCAACGUCAACCUGCCGCAGGGCGUCAGGACCAUCUACUCGCUGGACGGCAGCAGGCGCGUCACCGCCGUGGAGCAGCUGGUCGAAGGUGACAGCUACGUGUGCAGCUCGCUGGAGGCCUACAAGAAGGUGGACUACACCAAGAACGUCAACCCCAACUGGUCCGUCAACGUUAAGGCGGCGGCGGCGGCGGCCCGCGGGCCUGCGCCGCUGGGCUGCACCAAGGCGGCGGCGGCGGCGGGGGAGAGCUGCAAGGACUUUGUGCGCCCCCGCCUGGUGACGGUGGUGCGCAGCGGCGUGAAGCCCCGCAAGGCGGUGAGGGUGCUGCUCAACAAGAAGACGGCGCGCUCCUACGAGCAGGUGCUCACCGACAUCACGGACGCCAUCAAGCUGGACUCUGGCGUGGUGAAGAAGAUCUACACGCUGGACGGGAAACUGCCGGCGGGGGUCGUUCCAGUUUCCUGGUCCAGUUUCCUGGUCCAGGUCUGGUCCAGGUUGCCUCUGAACGUCUGGCUCCUCCUCUUCUUCCGGUUGCCUGGCAACCGGCGGCCGGGCCUCGCAGGGGAGGUUCUACUGAAUGUGUCAAAGCUGGUUCUGAUCGAGAAGACGGACAAAGCCAAGAAAGCAGCUUUUGCAGAGCUGAGUGCCUUCAGCACCACGGCCAGCUCCUGUGGGCGGGGCUUGUGUGAGCUCACUUGCGUCCUGAUGUCACCUCUGUCGCUCUCUUAA